AUGAUCCCUUUGCUCGAUAACUUUAUUCUUAAAACAACCCCAGAAGGAGUUGCAAUUAUAACCUUGAAUAGACCAAACAAAGCCAAUGCCAUAAAUUUGCCUGUACUUAAAGAAUGGCUGGCGGCGAUACAAUGGGCUGCAACAACCGAGGAAGUUAAGGCUACAGUUUUUACGGGAAAUGGGAGAUUCUUUUGUGGCGGCCUGGACUUAACCAGCUUUGCUAGCAGUGAGGAGAUUUUUUUGGAAGAAAAUGUACACGUAUCUAUUGAAAUUUUCGGGAAGUUGGUUGACGCGUUGAUCGAUUUUCCAAAACCUCUGAUCGCGGCUGUUAAUGGAAAUUCUGUUGGAUUCGGAGUCACAUUUCUCCCGCAUUGCGAUCUCGUGUAUUCGGUUCACAAUGCUGUGUUUUAUACACCUUUCGUGAAAAUUGCGAUAUGCCCUGAGGCUUGCGCUACCUACCUCCUUCCAAAAUGUCUUGGUAGAUCAAUUGCUAAUGAAAUGCUGCUCACGUGUCGUCAAUUCACGGCACAUGAACUGGCAAAUGUGGGUUUUAUAAAUCGAUUGGUUGAAAACGGAUCUUUAUUAAGUGAAGCUAUCAAGAGAGCGACAUCAUUGGCAAAACUUUCAACUGGAUCGAUCACAGAAACAAAAAAUUUAAUCCGGAUUGAUGAGAGAGAUCACUUGAAAAAAGUAUCGAGAAGAGAGAUUGAACUGUUGACUAAAAAUAGAAUGCUUUCUCAAGAAUUUCUAGCAAUCACCAAGGAAUUCGCAGGUAACUAUGAUAAUUCUUUUUCUGAUACAUUAUAA